GAUCGUUGCCGGAUCCGGUGAAGGUCUUGCAAGUCAGCCAGCGCAGAGAAUACAAACUUCUCGGGAAGCAUUCUCGAUUCUUGGACAAAGGUCUUCUACUUGGGAAGGCAAAGAACAUCCACACGCGGGUCUACAACCUGGCCCAAGCUGUGGCAUUGGCAUCUGACUGGCAGGUAAACCCUGCAGCCAGGGGUGCUCUCCGGCCAUUUCGCUGCAUCGCACAGGAGCGAAAGGUGGCGAUGAAGGUGGACGAUGCUCCAGAAGGAUCCGAAGGCCGACAUUUCGUCGAGCCGACUGCCUUGCGUUUGGUUCUGCUGGCGGAGGGCCACUCCUCCAAGUUUUGCAUACAAUGGUGCGUACUAUGUUAUGUUACAAGUUCUGUUAUGUCAUGGCAUGAUUGGUGGUAUGUUGCUGUGUUUGGUUUGCCUGCUUAUAUAUGUCAUUGGUUAGAUGUAUGUAAUAUAUUUAAGUUAUUUUGGGUUACCAUGUCGAGUUCAUAUUUUGUGGCUGGCAUUCUGGUGGUUGGGUUCAGUAGCCUUGGAUGUGUUUCGGGCCUCCACGUUGAUGGUUCAACGAUAGGUUCGAAGUACAUCGGUGGCUUCAACCUCGCUGUUGGUGAGUGUACCAAAGCUUGCUUGGAGCUUCGACGAGAUAAAUACACACAUAACAUAUACAUACACACACAUAUAUAUAUAUUUAUAUUUAUAUUUAUUUGUUUGUUUAUUUGUUUACUUAUACAUAGAAUAGUCUAG